AUGGGAAACAUCAAUACCGUUGGACCUAAUGAAGCUUUGGUUAUUUCCGGAAGUUGGUGCGGAGGAACGACUAGAAAAAUCAUUAUUGGAGGUUGGGGGUGGUCAUGGUAUUUUGUGUCGAACGUUCAGCGUCUGUCCUUGGAAGUGAUGACAUUGAACCCAAGGUCAGAAGACGUUGAAACGGCGCAGGGAGUUCCUUUGACAGUUACAGGUGUUGCUCAAGUAAAGGUCAUGACAGAUCACGGUUUAUUGGAGACAGCGUGUGAGCAGUUUUUGGGCAAGUCAGUGAAGCAUAUUGCUGAAGUUAUUCUACAGACUUUAGAAGGGACCAUGACAGUUGAAGCUGUUUAUCAAGAUCGCGACCGGUUUGCCCAGCUUGUUAGGGAAGUUGCGGCUCCUGAUCUGGGUAGGAUGGGCAUGGAGAUUUUAUCAUUUACGAUAAAAGAUGUAGUAGACGCCGUCGACUACUUGGAGUCUCUAGGAAAAAGUCAGACUGCUGAUGUGAAGAAAGAUGCAGAGGUUGGUGCAGCAGAAGCCAAUCGCGAUGCUGGGAUUGUUGAAGCAGAAUGUUUGAAGGCUGCUGCCGAUGCAAGAUAUCUUGUGGAGACUAAAGUGGCUGAUGCUAAGAGGCAAUUCGAUAUGCAGCAAGCGGAGUUCAAUGUGCUUGUUUCUGCCAAGAAAGCGGAAGCUGAACUGGCAUAUGAUCUUCAAAAAGCAAAGUUAAUGCAGUCUAUUCGGGAGGAACAAAUUAAAAUUGAUAUCAUUGAACGGCGGAAACUUAUAACCGUUGAAGAGAAAGAGGCUGAGAGGAAGGAGCAGGAACUUUAUUCAACGGUUAAACUGCCUGCAGAAGCAGAAGCUUAUAAAGUACAAACAGUUGCUGAAGGGGACAAAACCCGUAAAGUUGAAGAAGCCCGUGCGCAUGCUGAAGCCACAAGAUGUAUUGGCGCCGCUCAGGCGGCUGUAAUUGAAGCUGUAGGUGGAGCGGAGGCUGGACGAAUGCUUGCUCGUGCUCAUGCUUAUAAGUUUUAUGGAGAUGCCGCAAAGACCGCACUUGUCCUUGAAAAGCUUCCUGAGAUUUCUAGAAAUGUUACAAAGCCGUUACUACGGACCAAAGAAAUUCUCGUUAUUGGUGGAGAUAUUAGCCAAGCCGGAUCUCUUACGGAUGUGGUUGCAACCGUUCCACCAGUAUUGAAAUCUGUGACUGGUAUCGACAUUACUGAAGUUGGAAGAAAACUUGUUGGCUUGGAAGGGAGCGCGUGA